AUGACCCUUGUGGAGGUCAACAUCACGCCGCUCCCCCUGCCACUCUCCACCGCCAAACGCCUUAUCUCCCGCACCUGCCACUCUAUGUGGGACGACACACUCUAUGACACCCUCCGCACCACCUCCAUGGGCCAGUACCGCACCACCUCCUCCCCACAGCCUUGGCGAGUGCUGCUCCGACACCAACUCCGCGCCCUCGUGCUGCCCACCUUUGACCUGCCCACGCUGCUGGCAGCGGCAGGCGUCCACCCAUCACGGCAGGAACCUGUCAUCCGCCUCACCUGCGCCUUCCUCAGGAAGACGGGGCAGCUCAGAGGCCUUGACGACAAGGAGAUGCUUCUUCCUCCUGCGUCUGGCUACGUCAGCAAAGUUGGUGCGACCCGACUCAGCACAAAGCACACCGGCCACUUCACUCAGCUCCUUCACACUGGAUACCCAAGAUUCAACUUCAUCUCUCACAACUAUUAUUUCUUUAGCCCAUCUCUUGCACCCCGGGAUGUGGUGUUGGCCAUGCUGGGAGGAGCACAGCACCAGGAGACAGCUGCUCAAGUGAGGGUCUGAGGCGGACGCUGCAGCGCUCGCUGCGUCCACGCUGCCACUGACCUCAGGACCCCUUGGUGCAUUCCUCGCCUCGCCUGCCGCUUGGUCCCUGAGUGUGGCGUUGGGGGAACCUUGCCACCCGCUGCAGCUUCCCUGAGGUUCCUGCAAGACCCUCACCCCAGGAGUGGUGGGCAGGGGAGGCUGCAAGGCCGGGCAGCAGCCUGAGUGGCGGGACCAGCAGGAACACUGCCACUGCUGUGAGGACCAGAAGAACACACCCACCCCCACCACCACCACCACUGACAACAACAAUAAUACUGCCACCACCACUGACAACAACAACAGCAACUAUAUCACCACCACCACCACCACCUUGCUGCUGGCACCUUCGGCCACAAAGGAAAGGGAAAGUUUGAGUGUGACAAGAUUUGAGACUGGGAGCAAGUUCAGCAGACACAGCCUUGCACACACUGGUGAGGGAAACCAUG